UUGCGCGUCCGCGGAAGGAAGGGGACGACGACGCGUCCCCGUCUCCCCGAUAAAAAGGGCCCGGGCGCCUCUUGUCCAUUCCUCGCUCCUCGCCGAUCACAGCCGCGACCUCCUCCCCAAUCCCGAUUUCGCGAGCUCGUCCCCCCGCUUCCCGGCCUCUCCCGUCUCCCCGCCCCCCGCCCGCCCUCCGAGAGGCGAAGCUCCGGGCCGCGCCACCGCGCAGGCACACCCAAGGCAGCAGGCGCGGUUCCUUCCACCAGGUGCGCGGGCGGCGGCAUGGCGCAGCGCGACAAGAAGGAGGAGCCCACGGAGCUCCGGGCGCCGGAGAUCACGCUCUGCGCCAACAACUGCGGCUUCCCGGGGAACCCGGCUACGCAGAACCUCUGCCAGAGCUGCUUCUCGGCGGCCACGGCGUCGAUGUCGUCGCCGACCUCCUCCUCGUCCUCCCCGGCUCCCGCGCCGGCCGCGACGCCCCAGCCGAGGCCGGCGCCGGUGGAGCUGGCCUCCCCGGCCGACGCGGCCGUGGCGGCCCCGGCUCCGGAGGCGGCGAGGACGCCGGCGAACCGGUGCUCGAGCUGCCGGAAGCGGGUGGGGCUCACGGCGUUCCGGUGCCGGUGCGGCGAGCUGUUCUGCGGCGCGCACCGGUACUCGGACCGGCACGGCUGCAGCUACGACUACAAGGGCGCCGCCAGGGACGCCAUCGCCCGGGAGAACCCGGUGGUGCGCGCCGCCAAGAUCGUUAGGUUCUGAUCGUCGACGGAGUCAAAAUCCCUCCAUCCAGAGGAUACAAAGCAAGCAAGCAAGGAAAACAAAGAGGAGACACACAUCCACGGAAAUGGAAGGCCUUUCCCUUGGUGUUACUAUGCUGUUCUUCGAAGCGUUUGAUUUUCAAUCUCCUUUCUUUUUUACGAUUUUCAAAUGGAAGAAAAACGGGAAGAAAAGAGGUGGACAAAGAAUAGUGUAAUAAUAAUGGGGGUGAUGAUGCCGCCGCGGUGGUUGAGGGCAAAAGGAUGAACAAAAUGGAUUGGAUGUAUGUACCUGUCAGUCGCAAAGCUUUGUGCAAAAAAUAUUAUACAUUUCUAUCUUUCGUACAGAAA